AUGUUGCCUAGGAGUUUGGAUUGUAGUGGUGGAGAUAAGAGGAGUCUGGGAUCUGGGUUGAUGAUGGUUAAGUCAUUGCAGCCAUCUGUGAUGGUUGAUGAGAGGAGGUGGAGCUUGGAUUUAGGCAAUGCUAAGCAAAACCCAGAUGCCAAUUCGGUGAUUGAAUAUUCUCUUACUGGUGAUCUCACUGUAUCUGAUAGCGAUAGUGUUUCCUCUUGUAGCACUUCAGGAUUGCAUGAAUUAGGUAGUGGGGUUUCCAAAGGAAAAAAUGGGCUCGUGGCGUUUUUAUUUCUGCAAGGUUUUGGCAAGAAACAAAUAGCAGGUUGA